AUGGGAGUUGAGCGCGGAGAGGUAGUAAUGCUAUGCAUGGACAAUUCACCUCAAGCGGUCUACCUCUUUCUGGCAGUGUCAUUAGCCGGAGCCGUAGCUUGUACCUUAUCGCCAAAGUUAUACGCAGGUAAUGUUAAUCAUUACGUGCAAGAAUUGGCCGUCCGUGUUCAGGCCUACAGCGGAGAAGAUUUCUGCUGA